GUGUUUCGGAACGCAGCCGUGGUGGUGGAUUGCUGUCCACCUCAGGGUUCUGCUAAACUAGUCCUUAUUCUGUACUUCAGGUUUUACAGUUUUUAUACCUUAAAUUCGUCGAUAAAUUGUAGUUAAGUUUUUUUGAAUUUAUAAUGUCGUUAGAUCAAACAGUUUGUGAAGACCUGAAAGCGUUUGAAAGGCGUCUUACGGAAGUCAUAUCCAGUCUCCAGCCUUCGACUUUACGCUGGAGAAUCUUAUUUACAGUGCUGCUAGGCAUCAUAUCCAUAUGUACCGCGGUCGGAGCCUGGCAUUGGCUAACAGACCCCAAUACCUCAGCUGUCUCGUUCACCCAAAGUCUAUGCAAUCAUCCUUUUUUCACCGUGGCCAGUAUCGUAUUAGUGAUCCUGUUCUUGAUGGGUGUACACAGGAGGGUAAUUGCACCAAGUAUAAUAACUCAACGUGCUAGGAGUGUAUUAGGAGAUUUCAAUAUGAGCUGUGAUGAUACAGGGAAACUUAUAUUGAAACCAGCGCGAAAUGCACAUCCCCAUGAAAGCUAAAACAAACACUAUCAGAGUGAUGAUGAAUAGUAAUUUAACAACUGAGCGAUAGACACAGCCAUGCUUCUUGUUUACAAGUUGUUCGGGGUGAUCUCUAAAUCAAUUUAUAGCUCCUAACACCUGAAGCAUUGGAUAACCGUCCUUGAUAAUAAAAUCUAUCCCUAGCAACUGCUAAAUAUGAGAAUGUAUGUCUAACAUGAGGCAUUCUCUACCAGGCGGAAAAUGUUGAACGUCUUUGAUCAUCAAUUACUGGUCACUGAGCAUGAAUCAUAUUGAUUUAUUAUCUAGAAGAAAUUAUUAUGCGAUUGUAUUUAUAACAAAUAUGUGUAUAAAAAAUUAUAAUUUGAA